AUCACAGUACCGCUCUGAUGGACAACCUUGAAGCAACAACCUUGACCUUGACCGCACAAGCGACCGCCGCCGCCGCCGGAAAUGCCACCACCGCUGCCGUCAUCACCGCGCGGGAUAACUCCAGUGACGUCAGCGAUUUCGGGCCGGGUUCGAUUGCUGACGUCAUGCAUACGGCCGUCAUCUGCGUUCUCAUCGUCUGCAUCGUGUUGUCGAACGCGCUUGUGAUCGCCUCCGUGCGGCUCUACGCUCCGCUGCAGACUACCUGCAACCGCUUCGUGGUGAGUCUCGCAGCCGCCGACAUCACCGUCGCUCUCGGUGUCGUCGUCAUGCUCAUCUUCGACGCGACGGGCCUGCAGGUGAAGGAGGGCUCCUACCGACAUUACGUCUGCUUUUUCCGCGUCGGAGCGCCCAUAGUCACGACGGCCGUGUCAAUCUUUAACUGCCUCGGAAUCGCCGUCGACAGAUAUAUUGCCGUCAUGUACCCGCUGCGCUACAACUCGAUGAUGACGAUGUCGCUGGCGACGAAGCUGACGUCGGGCAUCUGGGUGUACGCCAUCUUGCUCUACACGAUCCCGGCCGUCUUCGUCGGCAACUUCGACGUCAUCUGCUUCUUCGAGGCGUUCAUGAACAAGUAUCACAUCCUGGCGCUCGAGCUGCACUAUAUCGUCGUGCUCGUCAUCAUGCUCGCUCUCUACACGGCCGUCAUGCGCGCCUCCUGGCGGCAGGCGAGGCUCAUCAGACGCGACGAGCAGUCGUUCCAACAGCAGACGACGUCGGAUCACGUCGAUCACGUGCGUCGCGUCAUGCGCACCGUCAAGGUGUUCGCGCUCGUCAUCGGCAUCAUGUUCGUCUGCGUUACUCCCGCCUACACGUUCUACACAUGGCUGGCAUUCAAGGGCGAGACCAGCGGACAGCCGCAGUACACGAUCAUCGCCGUCUGCUCCGACAUCCUGCUCUUCUGCAACAGCACGAUGAACCCAGUCAUCUACGCGUUCAAGUACAGAGAGUUCAAGGCCGCCUUCAGGAAACUGCUGCGCUUCGGAAAGUACCAGAAUACGGGCGUGUACUGACGACGUCUGCGUGUGAGUCAUUAUGCUGCAGGGAGUUCAAGGUCACCUUCAUGUUCAAGGUCACCUUCAUGUUCAAGGUCAUCUUCAUGUUCAAGGUCACCUUCAUGUUCAAGGUCGCCUUCCAGAAGCUACUGUCCGAAAGUACCAGAAUACAGGCGUGUAGUGACGACGUCAGCUUGGGAGUCAAUAUGCUGCAGAGAGUUCAAGGUCACCUUCAAGAAGUUUCUGCGCUUCGGAAAGUAUCAGAAUACGGGCGUGUACUGAGUAUGUAUGCGGGAACCACAAUCCCACGGGGAAUGAAAGAUCGCCUUCAAAAAAAUAACUAAGCUUCGAGAGAUAUCAAAAUAGGAGCGUAUAGAGGAGAAAUGUUCUUACAUGUCGUGCGAACCAUACUUGGUACAGUGUCUGUGAGGCUGUGAAAGUACGAGUUAUAUCAAGAGCGUAUUAACCAUAUAUAAACCAGCGUAGAAGGUACGAGUAGGGUAAAUUAAAAUGGUUAGCUUUUCCGUCACGUCAUGGAUGUUUACGAUAUAUGUAUAUAUUAUGCACGUUGUACCAGCAUUGGAGGAAAUCUGAAACAGAACUGAAUUGGAAUAUAUUGGGUAUGGUAUCUAUAUUAGGUGUUUAAAUGUUUAAGACGUAGUAAAUGCGAAGUAUGUGAAACCACGUAAAAUUCGAGUCUGUGUUGAUGUUCAACCAUCAUGUCAGUAUGAAUUGAGGAGAUGUAGCAAUUAUAUUUUAUGAACGUAUGAUUAGGUACUAGUAGUAGCAG